UUCAUUGCCUCGUUCUAUCAACAUGUGGUGGUACAAAGACGGGGUCGAAGAUCGUAAAACAUCAGAUAAUGUGCAAGAUUCUACAUUUCAAAUUGCUGCAUCUUGGCAAGCCAACAAAAACUUAUUGCUGAAGGGGAAAGUGGGGCCUCUCAGCUCGUCUGUAGCUUUGGCAUUUAAGUCAUGGUGGAAACCUUCUUUCACUUUCAGCAUCUCAGCUACUCGAGAUCGUACAGUUGGAAAGACAGCCUUCGGAUUUGGCAUCCGCAUUGACAAUCUUAGAGAAGCGAGUUACCAAAGGGCUGAUCCAAAUUUUGUAAUGUUGACACCAAACAAAGAGCAUCUAGCUGAGGGCAUCCACUGGAAAGUUGGAACAAGACCAAUGCUACAAUCAGAUGUAAAUUCUGGGAAUUUUGAUGGGUUACCAAGGGAAUUGAGACCCUUGGGUACAAUUUUGUAAUUGUAAAUUUUAUUUAAUUUUUAAAUUUAUUUUCAUUUGUGAAAUAAGCAGUGGAACAUUUUCACUAUUUUAGUCAAUUCGAGUAUUGUAGUUUCAUGAGUUCGAAUGUUGCUGCUUAUAAAUCUUUGCAGUCUGGGAUUUUGUUUUUUUUUUUGGGUUUUCUGAUAAGCAGGGUCAUUGGACUUGCGAAUGUAGU